GAGAGAGAUAUAUAUUUUUUCUUCCUCUUCUUCUUCCUCGAAACAAAGCCCUAGCGAGAGAGAGAGUGAGAGAACGGAGAUGGACCUACUGAAGCAAGAGAUCCUGAAGAAGAAACAAUCUCUGAAAGAAGACACAGGCGGCCGUAAAUUCUUCAAGCGCUCCGAGCUGGAACAGAAACAAAUCCAGAAGCUUCGCGACCAAGAGAAACUCGAACUCCAAGCCAAAUCUAACCGCCAAUCCUCUUCUUCAACCACCACUACCAACGCCUCCGCCACCGCCAAUACAUCCUCCACAACCGACUCCGCAACCGUCGCCGCCACGUCAUCCCUCACCGACGAACAAAACAUCGAUAACCUCGUUCUCCCUCGACAUGAAGUGAUCCGCCGCCUCCGUUUCCUCAAGCAACCGAUCACUCUCUUCGGCGAGGACGAUACGGCUCGGCUCGACCGGUUGAAGUACGUGCUUAAAAACGGUCUCUUCGAGGUGGAUAGUGAUAUGACUGAAGGACAGACGAAUGACUUUCUUCGCGAUAUUGUGGAGCUGAGGAAGCGGCAGAGGAGUGGGAUGAUGAGCGAGAGGAAGAGGCAGAAAGGAGAGGAGGAGAAAACGGAGGAUAAAGACGGAGGUGGAGGAGAAGAUGAAUUGAGCGGCGGAGAGGGCGGAUCUGACGGUGGUAUCGAUAACGAUAAGGAUUUGAAGCGAAUGAAGGCAAAUUUCGAUGAAUUGUGUGAGGAGGAUAAGAUUCUGGUGUUCUUUAAGAGGCUAUUGACUGAGUGGCGCCAGGAAUUGGAUGAGAUGGGCGAGGCCGAGAAGCGGACUGCCAAGGGGAAGUCUAUGGUGGCCACUUUUAAGCAGUGUGCUCGGUAUUUGAAUCCGCUGUUCAAGUUUUGCAGGAAGAAGGUUCUUCCUGAUGAUAUUCGCCAAGCAUUGAUGUUGGUGGUUGAAUGCUGCUUGAAGCGAGACUACUUAGCUGGAAUGGACCAUUAUAUUAGGCUCGCCAUUGGAAAUGCACCUUGGCCUAUUGGUGUCACUAUGGUUGGUAUCCAUGAACGUUCUGCCCGUGAGAAGAUCUACACCAAUAGUGUGGCCCACAUUAUGAAUGAUGAGACAACUAGGAAGUACUUGCAAUCAGUGAAGAGAUUGAUGACCUUUUGCCAACGACGGUACCCAGCAUUGCCAUCCAAAGCUGUUGAGUUCAACAGCCUGGCAAAUGGUAGCGACUUACAAUCUCUGCUAGCAGAAGAGAGGAUUUCUGGGGGUAAUCUAGCCUCUGAGGAAAGGCUUCGGAUAAUGCCUGCUCCAAAUGAGAGCUAGCUGUUAUGUAUUCUAUGAUCUGUUUAUGGGAUAUUAUUGCAUUUCAAUGAUCCAUGUGCCAUCCAAUUCUAAGCUUUGAAUGGUAAAAUCCACACUCUUUGACCAUGGAUGUUGUUUUCAUUGAUUGUGUACCAAUAUAAAUGCAGAAAGUGAAGUUUUAGUGACUGAAUACUUAAUACUUUCGUUCA